ACUUUUUCUUUGCAGCUCAAUGUUCAGAUCUGUGGUUGUCCCGUUUCUGUUGUCUGCUGAACCGAUUGGCGAAGCCAUUCCCAUUCAGGACGGAUCAUCCGACGAAGAAGACUUGAGAAUGGAGAGCAAAAUACGCAACUCAGUUGCAGCAGUGAAGCAGAAAUCCCGCGCCCAGCAAAGCGUCGACUCAGACUUUCUGGGAUUCAAACCCAAGAGAAUGCAUUCAUGCCACAGUAGAGCGGAUAAAUCAAUUUCGGAAACGAGUCGGUUCUCGGGUCUGCUCCGGAAUCCGCGAGACGCAAUUGGAGACGCCCACGACGACGAGAUGUCUUCUAUUUCUGGGCUCAUAUCCUCCCCGCAGAACCGAGACAGCCUUUCAGAAUCCGUCUCGAAAAAGUUCUGCGACAUUGGAGACAACAUGAAAACGAAUCACACCAGGUUCAGUUCAUUCAACUCUGGCUACAAGACUUCGUCUUUGAAAGCCGACGCUGAUAUGAGCAAUAAGUCAGCGGAAGCCCGAAAAUUGCGUCGCAGUCGCCCAGCAGCAGGAGAUGAAACGGGUUCAUCAUCCAGCAGGAACUUUCCGCCGGGUAUCGACAUCGCGGACACGGAUUUCGUGGAAACCAAAGCCCCGUUACCCGCGAGUCGGAUAAUGGAGCAGCUCAGCCUCUGGCGCAAACUCGCCACGAAAACCAUGAUCAGCAUAAAUCUGUAUUUGCCGCCGAGUCGGUGCCCGGAUGACCACGUGGCGGCUUCUGUGAACCCCAGUAUGUUGUCGUGCACCAUGGUCACGUCUGUGGCGUCCUGCAUUAAAAUGCUGCGUGGGCCGGAACGCCGCCGAGUGUGCGGGCUCGCCGGACAAAUGGCUAUUUUGUACACGACCAGGAAGGUGCUGAAAGAUUUGGCAUUCAAAGACCCGUCGAGCUGCAUCUGGAGACUGAUCCACUCCGCCAUGGAUCAAGCCCUCGCCGAAAUCCCGCCGAACCUCAUCCGCCAAAAGCGCCGCGAAGAAAAGAGCGUGGAGAAGGCCGAGGAAAAGCUGCAGCUCCGCAUCGGGGCCUGGGAAAUCCUCCGCAGCGUGCUCAAAACCCGCUCAGCACAUCCCGAACUCGACAAUGCCAAGACCAAGGACGAAAUGGCGUACACGAGCUACAAAAUCAUCUGCCUCACUUCCUUCUGCUUGGACAACCAGUGGCGCAGCCUGUCGGACAUUCCCGAAAAGAGCCAGCACUCUGACGCCCCGCUCAGACUCCCGCAAAACUUCACGUACGUUUUGAACACCACGUUCGAUAUCCUGCGGUCAUUAGCCCGGAGCCGAGACGAGACUCGCGACAUCGACUCCAUGCACCGACUGCUGCGGAGUUCGGAGGUGGAGUGCGAGCAAAUGACGUGCGCGUUUUUGGACGACGCCGUGGGGGAUCUGGGCAAGAUGCUGGAGAUUUACAACCUGCUGUUGGUGGUGGUGCAGAGGGUCGGGCAGCAGCACCACCAGCGGGCGGCGACGACGAGUCACCACCAUCAGACGCGGGCUGGGCGCGGGGACUGCGGUCCCAGGCUGAUUGGGAAUAUUUAUCUGCUCAUGCAGAAAACGUGCCAACUCAUUCACAGCAUCUGUCUCCCGCCUGCUGUCGUGCCAACUGAUCCGGGGGUCAUGAGCGACGAGCACCGCCUGCUGCACUUCAUCGCGGAGGCGCAGAGUGCCAGAAGCAUCAUCAAACUGCGGAUGAACAGUGAGUCUCGCAGAUCCGUGAUUACAGAGCAAAACUGCGUGCGUGCCAACAAUCUCCUGCUUUGGCUCUACUCAUACUUGUCAGCUCAUUUGAUGGACCAUUUUCAAGACCUUCUGAAGCAAGGUAAAACACCGCAACCCCGGCUCACUGCUGAAGGUCAACCAGCGUCGAUCAUCACGCACCCAAAGGACGUGUACGUGGCCCUGGAAACUCUGAAGACACUUGCCGCGAAACACUUUGGUCAAGACGAUCCCAGUUUGUCCGUGAUUCAUGAAUAUCGCGCGGAAAUGCGGUCAGUCGUCUCACGAAUCAUCGAUACUGAAGGAUCGAAUGACCUUUCGUCAUGGAAUACGCCCCGAAGCCAGGUCGAUUCCAAAUGAAUGAACCGCCCCGUUUUGCGAAGGAAAUGUGCUGAUGUGAAAGCACAAUCCCGUCUCGUCUUUGCGCUCGUUUCUCCUUCCGAUGUACAGUACUUCAGAAGUUGAAAUUGGAGGAUUUCUUUCUUUUUUUAUAUACCAAAAGCAUCUUUUUCAUCUUGAGUAUUUCUGGAUCAUCACGAAUGAAGGAUUUUCUAUUUCUAGACGAUUUCUGGGGAAUAAAAAUUCCUGAAUUUUUCUCUUG